ACAACAAACAAAACAAAAAACCGCAAAAUUCAACUUAAGUGCAAACAUAAAUCUAAAUAAAUAAACACAAAAUCGAAAUGCAGCCAUGGAAAACAAUUUGAAUUUGUUAACGAAAGUACUAGUUUGUGAAUUGGAGCAUUUUCACUGAAUCUACACCUGUGCGAAGGUAUGUUGGAAUGCACUUCUAGACGCCACGGCUAGCUACCAACCAGCCCAGCAGCAGUUAGCACUUUUGCCGCAAACCCUCGGAAUAGAAUGUAAAUAUUUACGGACAUGGAUAAUAGAAAAAACUGUGCACCGACAUAUAUAUACAUACCUAUAGCCAGAGGACGGAGUGAAACGUAAAGUUUAAAAAAACUUGGCAAGGUUUAGCAUAACGAUUGGGAAAACAAAAACAAAAAUCUGUAAAAAAAAAUGUCCAUAAGCGGCAAAGGAAGCAGAAAAUAAUAAAAAUCUAUAAAAGGCCAAGAGCAGCGAAGUAAUUAAAAAAAACGGUACUCAUUGGUUAUAUCAAUUCGGUGUGUUGUAUUAAGCGCACAAGGGAAAAAGUAAAAUAAAAUAAAAUAAUUAAUAUAAAAAACCUACAAGUGCGACUAAGUGGUGUUAAUACUAGUAAUUACAGCAGUAAAUUAAACUGUGUACAAAUAAAAAGGAACAACAACAAAAUCAGCUUACCGUCGUAAGUGCAGACAUAGAGAUUUGCUGAGGACCUUAAGGAGAAAAUACAAAAAAAAAUAAUAAUAUAUAAAAAUUUGACAACAUUAAUAGCGGUAAUAAAAGCAUGGAAAGUAACAAAAAGCCAGCAAACUGCUACGAUAAACCAAAUGAACAACCGCACCAACAGCAACAGCAACAAUAAGAGAGUAAAAACUACAAUAAUAAAAGAAAAAAAAAUCUAUCAAGAUACUUCUAACAACACAUAAUAGCAAUAAUCUGAAAAAAUAACGGCAUAAACUACAAAAACAAUAAGAGGAACAAUCGAAAUUCAUAAAUCAAGCGAAGUUAAAUAUUUAAUAAGGCAACACAGUAAACAGCGCGACUAAAUAGAGAGAAAAACAACAAUAACUAAAAGGCCACAAAGCGCAGUUGGAGAAGUGGAACCAACCGUUAGCGUAGCAUAACCUUUUCACCAACGUCCAGCCCGGCCAGUGGAGCGCUGUUUAUGUGGGCCAUUUUAUUCAAACAAGCCAUCCAAGCACUUAACCACCACUCAAAGCCGUCUUGUACCGAGAGUAGAGUGUGGAGGAACUCAAAUACCCAAAGUGGACACGAUACGCAACAGACCAAACACCCACCAACUAUAAUUUACAUAAAUUUAUAUACAUUUUCAUAUACAUACAUAUACACAAAUACAGACCCAAAUAUACCAUUGACCACCAAUCUAGCCGAAAACUGCACGUGUAAAUCGUCUCUGUUGUUGUUGUUGUUGUUGUUGUUGUACAGUGAAAUUACCAACAGCUGCACUGGCUCACUACAGACAACACAACAACCACAAUAACGCCAACGUCAAUUCUCUUGCCGGCGUUAGUGUUGGUGGUGGAAUUAGUUCGAGUGCUGGUCUCGCCGGCGGUGUACCCAUUAUUAUGGAGGGGCCCGAAGUGACUUUCCUCUUUCAAUUCGGCAGUUUACGCGAUGCUGUUUGUGUACCGGCCAGCAGUUUGACACUGAAAUCGCUCAAGGAUCUAGCCUGUGAAUUUAUCAAUACAAAGAUUCCUGACAGCGGCCUAACACACUUACCAGAACGUGUAUUACUCUUCCGCCAUGACUACAACAGUCCAAAUGUAUUGCACAUUAUUAACUCGGCAGCGGAAGUGGUCGAUGAGACAUUAGUAGAGAUUGUACUGACAGCCAACCCCAUACUUUAUCCCACAUCCGAGAUGCCAACACUAAAGCCACAUUCACUUCAAGUACACUCGUACAAAGCGCCAACAUUUUGCGAUUUCUGUGGUGAGAUGCUAUUCGGUUUGGUGCGACAAGGACUCAAAUGUGAUGGUUGCGGUCAGAAUUAUCAUAAACGUUGUGUUGUGAAGAUACCAAACAAUUGUGCACGUCCCAACGAUAGUACUUCGAGGAGAUCAUCGAAUCUACAGCCGCCACGCAGUCCCUCGGGCGGUUCAACGCAAUCGUUAAUUUCGAACGAAGAUCCAGCGCGUAGUGAUGGCGGUAGCUCACUGAACGUGCCACAUUACCGCAGUCACAGCCGCUCACCUUCCUCGAGUAGUCGCAAUGGCAACCACAGCGGCAGCAGCCACUGUCUGGGCGCCAAUCUUUCAAUGUACACGCCUACCUUUGCUUACGCCGAAAAAAUACGCAUUCCGCAUACAUUCAUGGUGCACACCUAUGGCAUACCCACCGUAUGUCAAUAUUGUAAAAAACUGCUGAAGGGUCUCUUCAAACAAGGUCUCCAAUGUAAGGAUUGCCAAUAUAAUGCCCAUAAGAAAUGUUUAGACAAAGUGCCACACGAUUGUACCGGCGAACGGCAAUUGCAUGCCAAUGACUUUGCCGACAACACACCGACGCAUGCGCAUGCGUCAAAAACGAGUGAUAAUUUCUUUCGUGAGGAGUUCGAUGAUAGUGAUUUCGAAGACAAUCCGUCGCCUAGUGCUGCUGGUGGUGGUUAUAAGAGUGGUGCGACGCAUAAAUAUGGCCCGUCAGCGGCUGGUGCCAAGUCUAUGCGCGCCGGCGCGCCAAGAGCAACAACGAAUGCACACAAUUCGCCACCAGAGCUGGUUAAUGGACUGGUGAGUGGUGUUGGUGCGGGCUUGGGUGUGGUUGGUGGUGGUGGUGAUGGUCGCAGCGCCGGCGAAGGACAGUCCAUUGAUGGGCAAUCGGAACAAUCGAGCUCAUCCUCAUCGCCAAGUGCUAAUAUACCGUUAAUGCGUAUCGUACAAUCUGUAAAACAUACCAAGAAACGUGGUGGUCAAGCGAUCAAAGAAGGUUGGCUGGUACACUAUACCAGUUUGGAUAAGACAGUAAAGCGUCAUUAUUGGCGAUUGGAUUCGAAAACUCUAACGCUCACGCUAUUCCUCUCCGAACAAGGUAGCAAGUAUCAUAAAGAUAUACCGUUAUCCGAAAUACAAGGUAUCGAUACAAAUCGUGAUUUGCGUUUAGACAACAAUUACUGUUUCGAACUGAAGAUGGCCACCAUUAGCUAUUAUGUGGGUCAAGAUCCCCUAGUGGGUAUACGUGAAGAGCAACCGGUGAGGUUACCGCCACCUGAUAGUGGUAUUGGCUCGGAUAUUGCCAAAAGCUGGGAGACAAUCAUCAAGCAGGCCUAUAUGCAUGUCACAAAUACACAAUGCUGCGAAUCGGAAGAGAAUGUUCAAGAUAUGGGUCAACUAUAUCAAAUUUUCCCCGAUGAAGUGCUUGGUUCCGGUCAAUUUGGUGUUGUUUACGGUGGUGUACAUAAGAAAACCAAACGUGAGGUCGCGAUUAAAGUUAUUGAUAAGUUACGCUUUCCCACCAAACAAGAGGCCCAGCUCAAAAAUGAAGUUGCCAUAUUACAGAACAUUUCCCACUGUGGUGUUGUGAAUCUGGAGCGUAUGUUCGAAACACCCGAACGUAUAUUUGUUGUAAUGGAAAAGCUGAAGGGUGAUAUGUUGGAGAUGAUACUCUCACACGAGCGUGGACGUCUCAGUGAACGCGUUACGAAAUUCCUCAUCACCCAGAUACUCAUAGCAUUGAAGCAUUUACAUAGCAAAAAUAUUGUACAUUGUGACUUAAAACCGGAAAAUGUUUUACUCUCCUCCGACUCGGAAUUUCCACAAGUCAAACUUUGCGAUUUCGGUUAUGCAAGAAUAAUCGGUGAGAAGUCUUUUCGGCGUUCGGUUGUCGGAACACCAGCCUAUUUGGCGCCUGAGGUCUUACGCAACAAGGGCUACAACCGUUCACUGGAUAUGUGGAGUGUUGGUGUUAUUAUCUAUGUUAGCCUGAGUGGUACGUUCCCAUUCAACGAAGAGGAGGACAUAAAUGAUCAAAUACAAAAUGCCGCUUUCAUGUAUCCACCAAAUCCAUGGAAGGAGAUAUCAUCUAAUGCCAUCGACCUCAUCAACAACCUGCUGCAAGUGAAACAACGCAAGCGCUACACUGUCGAUAAGAGCUUACAGCAUUACUGGCUCCAGGAUAAGCAGACCUAUAGAGACUUACGCAACUUAGAGGGUCAAGUUGGCACACGUUACCUAACACACGAAGCCGAUGAUAUACGAUGGGCCAGCAGCGGUGAUAUGUGACCUGGUAAAGGCGAGAACAAUUAUAAUGUCAAUACGAAAAGUGACGAACCAGCAGCGGUAGAGCAUGAUAUAGCGAAGCGGGAAGAACAACAACAGUUGUCUGCACAAUUGACAACUGAGGAACAACAGCGUCCACGUCAACGUCAAAAUUCAUCACUCCAACAAAAUACACAUGAACAUCAGCCCAUCGAAUCGGAAGUCUAUGGCUGUCGCAGUUUACCGAAUACACCGAAAGUUGAGGCGAUUGGCGAUAAGGCCAUUAAAUGGAUGCGUGGUCACUUGUGUCGUAAUGUCAAAUGAGAAGGAUGAGAUAUGUGUAUAGAAAUAUAUUUAAAAUACAGAAAGUGUGUGUGUGUAUAGUGAAAGGAAAGAGAUUUCAAUUAAAACUAGUGGAAAACAAAAAAAAAUAAUUUUAUUAGAAAUUUUGCCAAUUUUACAGUGUAUUUAAGUGAUCUAACGGCAUCUACUACUACUUUACUUGUAUAUAGAAAAUUCAACAUAUAUACAUAUGUAUAUCUGUACAAAAGUAAAGAAAAAA